AUGGCAGAGAUGCAAGGCAUUUUAACGCUGCGCUUCCUAGCCACAGGAAAAAUGCAGUUAUGCAAUGCUGAUGAUUUGGGACCAUCACAAUCCACCAUCAGCAGGACUUUUGUAAACAGGAAGAGGUACCACAGCAUCAACACCCAGGUAGUCUUUGACGCAGAUUACAACAUUUUAGAUGUUGUGUCCAAGUGGCCAGGAUCUACCCAUGACGCAUGCAUCCUGAAUGAAAGUGGAUUGCAACAGCUAUUUGACAGGAACAUUGUUCCACCUGGGUGCCAUCUCCUUGGAGAUAAAGGCUACCCAAAACGACGCUGGCUUCUCACACCAUUCCCAAGACCACAACCAGGGGCCCAAGAAAAUUACAACAGGGCUCACCAAUGCACCCGAAGCGUUGUGGAGAGGGGCAUCGGCCAAUGGAAACGCCGGUUCCAUGUCCUUCAUGGGGAAAUCCGCCAAACACCACAGAAGGCCAGCAAUAUUAUAAUGGCAUGUGCAGUCUUGCAUAACAUACGCAACAUUCCUCUCCCCCCUGAUGAGGGAGAUCAUAAUAAUGAUGAUGAUGAUGACGACCACCCUCCUAGCAUCCCAUUUGCCUCUGAUGCCACUGUGUUUAGGCAGCACUUUGCCAACUUUCAUUUUGGUGCAUCCAUGUCCUCCACCUCGUCCGGGUUGAGCCGUGGAGUGGCAGUGGCCAGUGGGGGCUCAGGGAGCAGGGGCUCUGGGCCUGCUGCUGGAGAGGGAAUGCCAGAUGGGCCUCGAAGCAGUGCUGUUGCAGCUGGGAGUUCCUCUACAGGCAGCUCAUGAGGGGACGAAAUGGUGUUUUCAUCUGCAUUA